AUGCGAGCACUGAAACUAUCAAGAGAUUACGCCGAAAGUUUGAAGAUGGCUGUAAAGAAAAGAAAACGAGAAUCUGCUGCAUUUUUCCCAUCGGGUUCAGGCUCCGAUUCGGAUCAAAUAGCAAACGAGCAACUGAAGCGAUCUACGUCCUCAGCUUCAUCAUCUCCAUCUUAUGCACGUUACGGCUCGUCAUCAAUGACCAGCCAGCUGUUGAAUGUUGUCAACAGAUCAAUUCAGGAGACCCCAUGGGAACAGCGACUCGACAAUAUGGUUUGUUAUUUCAGCAUCCAAAUUGUUACUUUUUUCUGGCAAAUAUCACUCUCGGAUUUGCACUAUUAA